GGCAGUGCAGAGGAGGAAGGCUCCGUCCACAAAGCCCCAGCGCCGACCUCCUGCCUUGGCUGUCCUCCCCGGAGACGGAUGAGGGACCAGACCUGGGGGCAGCAGGUCCCAAUGGGGGGAUCUUGUUUCUGGAGCAAAUGAAGAGAAGAUUCCUCUUUGCAAUCUGCUGUUUCAGGGAAGGUUUUCCAGCAUGCAGCAGCAAGACGGGGAAAGGAAAGAGGAAAAGCUGGAGUCAGAGCCACCAGCAGCGAUGGGAGACGCAAGCCAAGGCACAGGUGGAGGGUGGGCAUGGGCAGCGGUGCUCCACUUCUUCCUGGUUAACGUGCUUGUGAUGGGAAUGCUCAAGACCUUUGGCAUUUUCUUCGUGGCUUUUCAAGAGGAGGUGGGGGGCUCCUCGGAGCAAGUCAGCUGGAUCGGCUCCAUCAUGUCCUCGCUGCGCUUCCUGGGAGCCCCACUGGUGGCCGUGGUCUGCAGGAGGCUGGGCGAGCGGCCGACCUCCGUCAUCGGGGCCGGCUUGGUCAGCGGCGGCUGCCUGCUCAGCACGCAGGCCACCAGCGUCCCCUUCCUCUGCGUCUCCAUGGGACUCCUCCUGGGCAUGGGGUUCUGCUGCCUUUACCAGGCAGCAGCGGUGAUGACGGCCAAGCGCUGCAGGACGCGGCUGGCUUUCUCCAACGCCAUCGCCCGCUCGGGAAUGGGACUGACGUUCCUGAUAGCGCCCUUCACACAGCUCCUCAUCGAUUCCUACGGCUGGCAAGGUACUCUCCUGAUUUUUGGAGGCAUCAUGCUAAACCUCGUGCCUUCCAGCAUGCUGCUGCGUCCCAUCAGCACCCAGCUGCCUCAACGCUCCUCUGCUAAAAAUCACGACAAUGAGUCUUCAGUGCCAAAAAAAGAUUCAGAAACCCUUGCUAGACAGCUGGAUGAAGCCCCUGACAGGGGAGUGCAGCUUGGCCACACACAGGACCUGCCCAUCACAGAGCAACCCGUGGCACACUGCAGUGGACACAUCUCUGGGCCGGCAAUUGCAGAGGUGUCGGAAGGGCUGGAGAAAGCCCCUGCAGACCACAGCUCACCAGAAACAGCCAGCGAGGCCAUGAGUAGCUGUAAACCCCUCCCAGCGACCAAAGAAGAAAAUCCACAGCCUCUCCUCGACUUUUCCCCUUUGAAGGAUCCCCUCUUCUGCAUUUUUACAUGGUCUUUUUUGUUCAGCCACUUGGCCUACUUCGUGCCCAUCUUCCACCUGGUAGCAAGAGCCAGGACGCUGGGCAUAAGCAGCAUGGAUGCUUCUUACCUCAUUUCAGUGGCUGGCAUCACAGAGACAGUCAGCCAACUUCUCUCGGGGUGGAUCGCCGACCAGAACUGGACCAAGAAGUACCACUACCACGCGGCUUACCUGGUGCUCUGUGGCAUCACCAACCUGCUCUGCCCUCUGGCGACCACCUUCCCGCUGCUCAUGACCUACGCUGUGGCUUUUGCCAUUUUCUGCGGUGGAUUCCUGGCUCUGGUGCUCCCUGUGCUGGUAGAUCUAGUUGGUGUGCCAAAACUCCACAGCUACUUGGGAUUUGCUUCCUUCUUUGCUGGGAUAGCAGCCGUCGGUGGACCUCCUCUAGCAGGGUGGCUGUAUGACUACACGCAGACCUAUGCCUGCUCUUUCCUCUUUGCUGGAGCCUGUGCUCUCAUCUCGCCCAUGUCCUUCUUCUUUGAGCCGCUGGCCCAGAAGUGGAAGCUAAAGGAAGCCAACCCGAGCAACGUCCCCACGCUGGGCUGAAGCUUUAAGGCAGCAGAAGCUUUGAAGAACCAGCUUCAUUGCACCUGCAACCAGACGCAGCGGCCAGCACAGACCUUCUGCACCCAAAGCUACCAAUGGCAGUGAAAUCAAACCAGGGAUUUUCAGAUGUCAGACUCACCGUUAGCAUUUCUAGAUGUUUCUGGUCCACGUGUGAUUAAAGCCACCUGAGAACCACGUAGGGUAACACACUGUUUGACAGGAAGGAACACAGCUGGCGGCCGGGGGGACGUGGGGGCUCUGCCAGCUCCCAGCUGGGGACAAGGGGCCUGGCAGCCCCCGGCCCCCCCGUGCUCUGCCCAGCACGAAGCUGCCUCGCCUCCAGGACAUGGCGGCCAGGAGCUCCCAAGUGCCAAAGCACAGGGGAAGGUUUCAGCUUAUUUACUCAGAUAUGACUAAUUAGCAACGGGGAGGGAUGCAGGGACACAGAUUGGUACAAGAGAUAAGGUUUUAACUUCCAACAGGAUGAGAAAAUCAGCUGGGCAUAGAAUAUCCUGAGUUGGAAUGAACCCAUACGGAUCAUCGAGUCCAACUCCUGGCACCGCAGAGGUCUACCCAAAAAUUCUGACCCUGUGACUACAUGCACAGUCCAAACGCUUCUUAAACUCCGACAGGCCUGGUGCCAUGACUGUGUCCCUGGGGAGUCUGUUCCAGUGGGCGACCACCCUCUCAGUGAAGAACCUCUUCCUGAUGUCCAGC